GGCGCAGGGAUGGGAAGCUGGAUUUUGGAGAUUGGGGGCCAAGAAAUUUUGAAAAGGAAUGCAGAGGGUCGUAGUCUACCGCGUGUUGAUCAAUGCUUAAUGCAUGUAUUCGGGCACGAUAUAAUGCCAUACGAGUUCGGCUAUCCAGCUGGAUUGAACGUAUGGGUAGUUGCGCGUGUUGGAGCUUCCGAUAUACCACUGCGACAGCUUCUUUGGAGCCGAGCAUUUGUCGCUGCAGAUAGUCCAGGUCGUGACAUUGCGUCCACACUACUUCAAUGCAUAAGCAAAAGAGAUAGCUGCAAGUUCGUCCCAGGGAAGUAGCCGUCGAGAUAUCGCAAUAUCGAAGAAUGAGCCGAAUAAUGUCAUCUAUGCCCCAUGCACGAUGCAAUCUGGUUGACCUCUUGUC